CUUCCAUCAUAAUCGAAAAGGCUUUUCAAGAUGAAAAAGAAGAUCCUUCUGAUGGGCCGAUCUGGUUCAGGUAAAACUUCUAUGCGAGCUCUAGUCUUUUCUGCUUAUCGUGCAGCUGACACCGAUCGAUUAGGACAAACAUUGGACGUAGAACAUUCCCACGUUCGCUUUUUGGGCAAUCUCGUUCUGAACCUUUGGGAUUGUGGUGGUCAACAAAGUUAUAUGGAUAAUUAUUUGGAUAGUCAAAGGCAUCAAGUUUUCAGUGCUGUGGGCGUUUUGAUUUACGUAUUUGACUUGGUAGGUGAAGAUAGCGAAGAAUGGGAUAAAGACGUUCGAAGUUACAAAGAAUGCCUUUCUGCACUACAAGAUAAUUCACCCGAUGCACAUGUGUUUUGCUUAUUGCACAAGAUGGAUCUGGUUGAUGCUUCAAGGAGACGAUCCGUCUAUGCUUCCCGGGUAGAAGAGCUACGCAGGAAGAGCGAAGGUACGCAAAUCAAUUGUUUCGCUACAAGCAUUUGGGAUGAGACGAUCUAUAAAGCUUGGUCUAAGAUCAUUCAUACUCUCAUUCCCAACGUCACUGAUCUGGAACGAAGGCUAGACUAUUUCGCACGAGCGAAUGGCGCAAAAGAAGUUGUAAUUUUUGAGCGAACUACAUUCUUGGUCAUUUCAAAAAGCACUGAACGAUCGAACGAUUUAUCCAAAUCCGAACAAGAACGACAAAUAGAGAUGAAAAUGGAAGAAGAAGGUUAUCCACCCGCCGAUUCAACCGCUACUGUGGCAAUCGAUGAGAGUGGCUUGUAUCCUGGUCGAUUCGGCAAGAUAAGUCAAUUGAUCAAAGGUUUAAGAUUAGCAUGCUCAAAACUUCAAUCCCAAUUUCAAGCAAUCGAGAUGCGUACGAAUGCAUUCUCUGCUUAUUUGGAUAUCCUGACUCCUAAUACCUACAUCAUGGUCAUCACAGCAGAUCCUAAGAUCGAACUUUCUGCCAUCAAACUAAAUACGCAAUUGGUUCGCGAUCACUUUGAACAUCUGCCUGCUCUCAAUAUCAGUGGCCGAUGAAUUUUUCGACAAAUGUAUGAUAGCACAAUGUAUUUUAAUCAAUCGACAAAAAAUUGUAGAAGGGAAGAAGAGAAGAAUGGAGUAGAAGAAUGUAAUAGAAUAGAAUAAAAGAAUAGAGUAGAAGAAUAGAAGAGAAG